AAGAGCUAUCUACGACGCGUGCGCGAUGUCCAAGACUUCGACAGUUGACUUAGUCACGUGAGUGACUAGACUAUCAUUCAGGGAACAGGCCACAGGCCUGGUACUCUAACCCGGAGUGUAAGUCCCCUUGGUCUAUCCGUUAUCAGCAAUGCUUGCAAAACCUAGGAUGGAACCAGGUGGCUAUUUAAGCCGGGUCGGCCUGUGUAAACUGUAUUUGGACCCUGAAUUAACGGCUUAUAGUUGACUCGGCCUGCAAGCCGGUACGAGCCAAACUUUCUUCACCUCUAGCCUACCAUAACUUCUUGGUUUCUGAUAUGCGAUUUUGUAUGAAGAGAUACAAGGUGGAAACGAGCCAGCCCGAACCACUCAAAAGUGGGGACAAAGCCGGAAUGGCUUGUAUUUGCCUAAAUAGCCACCCUGGAUGGAACUACGUCGCUUUCCCCCCCCUAACAAGGGAGGGGGACGUGCCUAGUAGACAUAAUGAGGAUGAGCCUGGUGCUGAUGAGGGUGAGCAGCAAGAUGAUGAGCAUAGUGAGCGGCAAGAUGGAAACCGGACUAGUAGAGAAUUAUCCCCGAAACCAUUAGAUAUAAGCGAAGCCCUCUCUUCCAUCCGAUCCAGUCCACCGCCGGUAACCCUCGAGCCUCCUCUUGCUGGUAAAGGCGACAAAAAGAAGAAGUCAACGAAGAAACCGCGCGCGGUAAGUUGAAACCUACUAUCCUAUACUGCUUUCUCUGAAUUAACAGCUAAUAAUUUCUCACCUUUGUAUAGCAACCACCUCCUACCCGUCCUCAACGCUCCUGUCGCCCCAAGACCGAUACGACCUCCGAAACAUGCAACGUCCAGACUUUUACCGUCUACUUUCUUACAUCGCUACGGGCAAUCGAAUACUGG